CCAACUCCGCGCGUCUGCUCGACCGAUCCACCGCGAUGUCUAGCUCCGACGUCAGUGCCAUGCCCGCAGCCAACCACGAGGGGCACAGCCUGGCGGGCCCCGCCCCGCCCCCUGCGCCGGUGGUUCACAAGCGCAAGCCCGGGAGACCCCAGGAGAAAAGCCCGCCCCCAGCGGCCACCAGAGAGGAGCUGGAAUCCAAGGAGUCCCGGGAAGGUCCCUUGAAGGUGCUUGCGCUCCCGGCGCCAGGGGCCCGGCGUGCUUAUGUUGUCUCAGAUGACAAGAUGGUGAGCCGCGCUCGCGCCCCCACACGGCGUGCAAGCGCGGUAUCCGACGACAAGAUGAUGGACAGGAACGAGAUAACGCCGGUGGUUCGCAGGCGCAAGCCCGGGAGACCCCAGGAGAAAAGCCCGCCCCCAGCGGCCACCAGAGAGGAGCUGGAAUCCCGGGAGUCCCGGGAAGGCCCCUUGAAGGUGCUUUCACUCCCGGCGCCAGGGGCCCCGCGUACUCACGCUGUCUCCGGCGACAAGAUGAUGAGACGCGCUCGCGCCCCCACCCGGCAUGCAAACACUGUCUCCGACGACAAGAUGGUGAGCCGCGCUCGCGCCCCCACCCUGCAUGCAAACCAUGUCUCCGAUGACAAGAUGAUGGACAAGAACGAGAUGGCGCCGGUCCAGGGGGUGCCGCGCAUGCGAGGGAGCAUCGCGUCGUCAAGUGCGGUUGGUGGGGUCGAGAGUGAAGGACUGGGGAGCUUGGAAGCAGGGGAAAUGGCACCUCGAGGGGUUCAGGUCUCCAUGAUCAAUAACCACAAUUUUGAUCUGAUGAGCUGCCGACUGAGCAUGAGUAGCUCAAGAAGGAGUAGUCACCCGUGGAGCAAGAGUAGCCGCCUAUGGCACAACAUGAGCUUUAAUAUUCACAAUGGUUGGAGGCUACUCAAAUCCCGCUUGUGUGAGCAAAAAUAACUCUUGGCCCAAAGUAUAGCCCUGUCAGAAAUUAUCGAAACAAUAUCCUUAUCCCAAGGACGAUUGUAAAGCUUAUGUGGAACUUUUCAAUUUCUUGCUUCCUAUUUUUUGGUGAUUGACUGACGCUAUUGCUAAACUUGAGGGAAGGACUUGGUAUACUGCCUCAUG